GGAAUGUAUUUUUUGACUAUCCGGUCAUUGGGAUCUGUGACGUGCCACCGCUAGGAGACAAAAAGCCAGAAAUUGUUUUUUAAGUUGACAAUUAAGAGCAGCCGUCAGGGGGCAUCUUUUUGUUACUUUUUUCCAGUAGUCUGUUGACUCUGUUCCAGAAUUGAUGGAUUACAAUUCAGAGUUUGACAGUGAUGCCGAGGAAAGAAAUCGUAAAAGAAGAAAGGUUAUACAAAAUGAAAAGAAACCAGUUGUUACUGAUCAUAUUCCGUCACAUUUUGUUUCUCGAUCCGCUGGACAUUCGAAAGCCCACCAUAGCUCAUCAUAUCUGGCAUUUGACAAAGAGGAAGCUUCCAGGCAUCGACAACAGUUUAUCUCAUUAAAUGCUUUUGAUCGACAUAACAAGCUGGUGAAUGAUUAUUUGAAGUUUUAUGGCGGCAGAAAAGACGAUCUAAAAAGAGACAAUCGUUUCGACAAAACGGACUUAGACGUUAUACGCGAGAAUGUUAAGUUUGUGUACGAUGAAGAAGAUGAAGAGUCAGAGCUUACAGAUUGGAAUCAACGGGUUGCAAAAAGGUACUGGGACAAACUGUACAAAGAAUAUGCUAUUGGUGAUUUGACCUAUUUUAAAACAGGUCAAAUUGGUAUGCGAUGGAGAACCGAGAAGGAAGUCGUCUCGGGUAAAGGCCAAUUCGUCUGUGGUAAUAAAUUUUGCCAAGAGAGUGAAGGACUGUGUUCUUGGGAGAUCAAUUUUUCUUACAGAGAAGGCGAUGAAAAGAAAAAUACAUUGGUGAAAAUAAGGCUCUGUCCCGAUUGCUCUUUCAAACUAAACUACAAGAAACAACAUAAACCAUCGAAGAAGCGGAAAUUAGAUAAAGUAAAUUUUCCCGAAGAGUUUAAGAAUAAAAAGCAAAAAGAUAAGAAGAAGAAAAAACAAAAAGUAUGCUCGGAGCAGAACCGAGAAGCUAGUAGCAAAACACCUGAGUCUGAUCUGGGCUCCCCAGAAAAUAAUGUCUUUGAAAAAGAACCAGUUGAACCAAACAUCUGGGUUAAAAAAGCAGAAGAGAAAAAAUCUCUAGACGAAGAAGGAAAUAACAUAGAUGACGAUAUCGAUAGCUAUUUUUUGGACAUACUUUCGUAGCAACGUGUUUUUGUCGAACAGAGCUGUAAGUUGAAUUUAUGAGAAGGGCACUAACUUUCGGAAGCUAGCCAUUGCAGAGUUAAAUGUGUGGUUACUUCACACGAAAAGGUCAACAGAGAAGAUGGAAGUUCCUGGAGUAGAAAAUCUGAAUGACUAAUUGAAAUUCAUGGACGAUUGCAUUGAACAUUUUUAGCUUAGCAAGCUGAAGUUUGUGAGUCGUCUGUAUCCAAAAGUUUAUAAUGAAAUAAAU